ACCAUAUGCAAGAGGACCUGAAAUCAGCUGUAAGUUUUAUUAGAUUGAUUUUUGGAUAGUUUUCCAGCAGGAUUGGUAAAAGUUGUGUUUUACUAUGAAUUUGCGAUUUCUUUGUUGUUUGUGAAAAUAUUAAACAUAUACAUGUCGACAUGGAAAAGACAUACGGAAAAUACUUAUUUUGUUUAUCAAUGCUGGUACUUGCAUUGGUCCAACUAGUUGUUGGUUUGCUUGGCGAUUCACACCAUCCUCCACUAAAUGAUAUUGUGACAACACAGGAUAUUAUAGCUGGUGAUGUUUUCUUCGAGAUAACCGAGCCAUAUGCGUUAGAAUACACAUAUCGUUUGAGACCGUCAAAGGAUUUUGGAACUUCCUUUUCCCAGCGUCUAGAAGGGGUCGCUUUGGUACCAACAAUUCCAUCCGAUGGGUGUACCAAAAUCGAAAACAAGCGCUCCUUGCGAGGCAAUGUUGCACUUAUUGACAGAGGAGAAUGUUCUUUCCUCACCAAAACUAUUAAUGCUGAGAUGGCGGGCGCAAGUGCUGCAAUAAUAACCGAAUUUAAUAGCGAAUCCAGCGAAUUUGACUACUAUAUCGAAAUGAUUCACGAUAAGACGGAUAGAGAUGCCCAAAUACCGGCUGGCUACUUGCUUGGAAGAAAUGGAGUUGUAAUUAAGAACACCCUGCAGCGUUUGAAAAGGUCUUAUGCCAGAAUAAAUUUACCUGUGAACCUGACAUUCGUUCCGCCAUCGAAAAUCAAUCAUCCACCAUGGUUGGGCUGGUAGGCGAGCGAUUUCAUUAGAAAUACUUUAAAGUACAAGGUGUUAAAAUUACUUUUCGUUUCCGAAGCGUUACCAUAAAACCAAAGUGCAUUCUAUAAUAAGUUUAGGUCUAGACGACUCACGAUUUAAUGCUAUUGUUUGUUUAAUAUUUUAAUUUAUGUCAAUGGAAGGAAUAAUGUUGUGAUGAAAUGCGAUUGUGAUGAAAAGUUUGGACACCAUUUGCAGCUAAUAAUAACUCAUUUAUUGUUUUUCUUCUAAAUUUUAUUUUCAAAUAAUAAUGUUAUUUAAUUGAAUUGACAAAGAUCUUAACUUUUUAACAUCCAUGUAUGCCAACAAAAGAGUGCAGUGAAAUGUUAUUGUUUAUUUUUCAUAAUUUUUUUGUUAUUUUAUUAAUUUAAUACUUAUUCAAAUUUUUAGUUCAAAUAAUUUAAACUGUAAAUAAAUUGUAAAACUAUUUUCAUAUAUCAAA